UUCCGGUCAGCACGCGUGUGGGAACAAGCUGCAGCUAUUCCACCAAAACACAGCGACACGUUUAGUUAACACACACCGGAGAAGUUGGUCAAAGUUCGGCCUGAAGCUGCGGAGUGAGACGGAGAGUAUCUGCCGCCAUGGGUCCGCCCCGUUCUAAGAAGCGUCGCCCGACGUUCCGCCGUCUGUUGAAGACGAGCGGCGUGAAGCUGGAGAACAAGAUGAAGAACCGACAGAUGAAGCAGCAGAACGUCGCUAAGAAACAACGUAAAGAGCAGAAGAAGCUGAGAGCGGCGGUGAAGGACGCAGUCAUCAGGACGCCCCGCCCACUGGAGACGUACAGGAAGAGCCCCGAGGAGGAGCAGGACGAGGAGUUUCUGGAGAGUCUCCCCAUGGACAUGAUGGAGGAGGACGAUGUGCAGCAGAUGGCCGCCAUGGCUCGCCACGCCUCCUUCAUCACCAGAGACCUGUCAUCAUGCGGUCCGGUGCACGGUGCUAAGAAAAGGAGCUCUGAGGUGGUCCGGGGCUACGAGAAGGUUCCCAGGAAGAUGAGGAGGACAGAGGAGAAGGAGGUGAUCCACCUGCUGCCCAUCAAGGACCAGAGAGGAGUCGUCCCACAGAGCAUGGAGAGAGUCGUCAUAAAGCAGCCGGAGGAGGAAGAGGAGGAAGAGGAAGCUGCUGAUGAGCCGGAGUUUGAAAAUGGUAAGAGUUAAUAUCACAGAUAAGUUUUUCUGUAUUAAAUAUGAAGUCAUUAGAAUGAACCGUUAAUAACACAAGUGAUAUCCUGAUCAAGACCAACUUAAUAAAGUUAUUAUGACAAACCUUAA